AACUGGGCUUUUUUCCCAUAUUGUUUGUGUACUUUUUGGUUGUUUCAGGUGGGAGGGUAAUCUGGUUCCUCUUAUUAUAUCUUGGUCAGAAGCAGAAGUCCUUUUCACUGAUAAUUCGUUCAUAUUAAUUAUUGGUUAAAGCUGAAAGUGUUCAUAAACAUUUGCUAACCUAAUUUCUUCAUUUUUGGAUUCGUGUGAAAUCUAUAGCUGUCAUAUUCUUUGUUCAAAAUCUCCUAUUCCCUGUAGUUUCUCUAGUAUAUCAAAAAUAUUGUCGGCCCUAAAGCCUUUUAUCACCUUUUAAUAUACCUCUUUAAUGCAGAUCUUCACAGCGUUAGCUAAAUAUAGGCCUCUGACUAUAUGUGGUAGAAUACUAUUACAGUACAUGCCCUGACCUGCUGAAGCACAACCCUGGAAUGUGUCAUGUUUUUAGGGCAUUGCCACAGCAGGCUCAAACACUUCCAUGGGCUACCUGUAUGAUAACUCAUUUUCUAGCAGCUAAAACACCCUUUUCAAAGCCUGUUUGUUAGCCUGAUUGAGGGUGUAAAGAACUGGUAAUGUAAGACCAAAAAAAAAAAAGAAGAAGAUGAAAAAGGAGAUCAUUUUGAGCAGUGUGUGAGAUGAAACUAUACUGAAGAAUAAUGCUACAAGGAUGGGAGUGACUUGGAACCCAUUGUUGGCAGUGGAGGAGGAAAUGGCCAGUCCUAAUCAACUCUGCAUUCGCCGCUGGACAACUAAGCAUGUAGCUGUUUGGCUAAAGGAUGAAGGCUUUUUUGAAUACGUGGACAUUUUAUGCAAUAAGCACCGACUUGAUGGAAUCACCUUGCUAACAUUGACUGAGUAUGAUCUCCGGUCUCCCCCUUUGGAAAUCAAAGUCUUAGGGGACAUUAAGAGGUUAAUGCUUUCAGUCCGAAAAUUGCAGAAAAUACAUAUUGAUGUUUUAGAAGACAUGGGAUACAACAGUGACAGUCCCAUGGGUUCUAUGACCCCUUUCAUCAGUGUUCUUCAGAGUGCAGAGUGGCUCUGUAAUGGGGAGCCUUCACAUGACUGUGAUGGACCCAUCACUGAUUUGAAUUCUGAUCAGUACCAGUAUAUGAAUGGUAAAAACAAACAUUCUGUUCGAAGAUUGGACCCAGAGUACUGGAAGACCAUAUUGAGUUGUAUAUAUGUUUUUAUAGUAUUCGGGUUUACAUCUUUCAUUAUGGUAAUAGUCCACGAGCGAGUGCCUGACAUGCAGACCUAUCCUCCACUCCCAGAUAUUUUCUUAGACAGCGUUCCUAGAAUCCCGUGGGCUUUUGCCAUGACAGAAGUAUGUGGCAUGAUUCUGUGCUAUAUUUGGCUCCUGGUUCUUCUUCUUCACAAGCACAGGUCAAUACUUCUGCGAAGGCUCUGUAGUCUGAUGGGCACUGUUUUCUUGCUUCGCUGCUUUACCAUGUUUGUGACCUCCCUCUCCGUGCCAGGACAGCACCUGCAGUGUACUGGAAAGAUAUAUGGCAGCGUAUGGGAGAAACUACACCGGGCUUUUGCCAUUUGGAGUGGCUUUGGUAUGACCCUAACUGGUGUUCACACCUGUGGAGAUUAUAUGUUCAGUGGCCACACAGUCGUCCUAACUAUGCUGAAUUUCUUUGUCACUGAAUAUACACCAAGAAGCUGGAAUUUCUUGCACACUUUAUCCUGGGUUCUCAACCUCUUUGGAAUCUUCUUCAUUUUGGCUGCCCACGAACAUUAUUCCAUUGAUGUAUUUAUUGCCUUUUAUAUCACAACAAGACUCUUUUUGUACUACCAUACUCUAGCCAAUACCAGAGCUUAUCAGCAGAGUAGGAGAGCGAGAAUUUGGUUUCCCAUGUUUUCUUUUUUUGAGUGCAAUGUUAAUGGUACAGUACCUAAUGAAUAUUGUUGGCCAUUUUCAAAACCAGCAAUAAUGAAAAGACUAAUUGGAUGAAACUAUCUUUGUAAUGGGUUCAUGAUUAAAUAUACAGUAGAUGUUGAAAGUGAAUAACUUUGCUUUCUCCCCCUAGGUUGUUCUGAAUGCCUUACUUUUUGGCUUAUGUGUUGACAAAGUAAACUUCUGAGCAAGGCUGUGAUUAUAGAAAGCAAGAUAAAACAAUCAAGAGUCCUUACAUAAUCUGUUUGAACAGAAAGCUUAAGUAAAUGUUUUCUGCCCCUUCUCUUUAGGCAGACAAUGUUGUGAUUGAAAUUAGGCUGUUACCCUUACCUGUUGAGUAUUUGCUUAUUGAACUUAACUAAAUCAACUUAAGCAAUUUGUUGAUUGAAAGAUUUUUUUUUUUUGAUUUCUAGUAGGACUCUAGUCUUUUUGAAGUUCCUUGUUAUCUUCAAAGGAAAACCCUACCAAGUGAGCAGUACUUAUUCUUUGAACUAAUCUCUGUGUCUUCUUUAAAAAUGUAAGUCUGAAAAGUGAUCCAUUUUACUAACAAAUAAUUUUUGCCUUCUGAACCAUCUUUAAGAAAAGUUUACUGAACAUACUAGAAUGCCUGAAACAAGAAGAAAAUGAAAGGGGCCAUACACGAGGUGACAAAGUACAAAUAUAUAUAGUGCUGGCAUUUUUCACCAAAGAUGCAACAAAAGAUGCAGUUUCUGUUUUGUUCUGAGGUUCAGUAUUACCAUCAGUAAGUAUUCAUGAGGGAAAAAUGGCUGCAUCUAUAAAAAUAAAAUAGGCUUAAUUUUAGUGAUGUAGAUUCCUGGAAUAACUUGUGCUAUAGAUGUUAGUUAGACAGAUGACAGCCCAAUUUUAUGCUUUUCAGUGAUGUUAUUUAAUAAGCAAAAUAGUGGAGUGUUUUAUCAGAUGUUAGAUAAAAUUCUUAUGUGUUUAAGUCGGGAGGUAUGCAUGCAAAGAAUAUCUUUUCUCUUUCUGAAAAGAAAUUUAUAACAGCUUGCAGGCAUAAUAUAACUUUUUGGUUUUUGAAAUUUCUCAUUCUUGGCCAUGCAAAGUAAGCAGUUGCAGACAUAUUUGGAUAUGAAAAGGUUUUGUUUUUUAUUUUUAAAUACAACGUGUACAUACAUUCUUUUUAGUCUUAAUUUGGCAGUCAGGAAGUGAUAUAACUUAGUUGCUGUUUACAACACUAGAAAUUUGAUACCUUAAGUAAUUUGACCUCUUUGGUAACAUUUGUCACUUUUAAUGAUUUUCUAUAGUAGUUAUGACAAUAGGAUGGUUAUGGAAUUGAAAUUUGAACCCCAGUGGAUGAGCUUUGCUACUUGGAAUAUUAAUCGUAGUUUUUACAUUCCAUUUUAAAACAAGGAGUUAGAAAAGGUACUGGCAUUUGAGGUUUAAAAUUAAGCCACUUAGCAGAAGCUUGCUCCUUAGAUGGGUGAAAUAUUCUAUUUUUGCACCUUGAGUCACAUCACCACCCCUGUAUAAGUUAGAGAUGAACCUGAAUGGAUUGGGCAGGAAAGGAAUAUUAUACAAACGAGUUUCAGCCAGUGCUGAGUGACCUCAAUAUGAGUCUACUCUGAACAUUAUUUUUUAUUUCUCACUUGAAAAAUGGCACAAGGCAAGUCAAGUUUUAUUAUGCUUUUAAAUCUCAUUCUUCAGAAUCUUAUAGUAUCUUAAAUUGUUGAUUCUGUUACAUGCUAGGGACAAAAUGCCAACAUUUCAUCUAAGGAAGUUGCAUAAUCAUGAAGGGUGAAGGAUGUUUCCUAUGCCAGUUAGAGUAGUUUGGCCCUUGAGGUUAAAAGAUGUGUUCUUGCCACUUUUCAAACCAAAUGACAGAAUGGGACUGAAUUUACCUAGAAGGGACUGAUGCUGGCUUUUGGGAAAAUGUUUGACAAAAAUCUAUGGCAACAUUAAUUCAAGAAUGUUAAAUAGCGACUUAAUGGCAAAUUUCCUAACGUCAGUCUUCUUUCCUUCAUAUGGAUUCUAUUCUAGAACAAAAUAGAAAAAAAAAAUUGCAGCUAACUUUGCAGAGCUAUUGACAUUAAGAGUGCCUAACAGCAGACUGCAAUGAGGAUUGUAAAAUAACUUUUCAGCCUUGCGUUAUCAUAUCUGUUUUGAGGAAAAGGUAAGCUAGAUUUAUAAUUUAUUGUUACACCUAUUACAAGGUAGUGUUUAUAUAAAUUGAUCAUCUCCAAGUCCCUUUUUGGAAAACUUUGAGACAAAAUUCUUUUCUGUGUUUUUUUAAAAUAUGAAACCUAUAUUUUAGUCACUUUUUGUUUUGUCCAGAAAUUUCCAGAUUUGUCUUUGUAUUUUUUCCUUGUUAAAAUCUAAACCAUAGUGAAGAUAGUAUUUACAUUUACAUUUUGGGUGUGAAUGUGGCUAGGUAGAGAAGCUACAUGCCUUCUAUCUACAUAUUUUUUGACCGUGUAUUAGGUUUUACAGUUGCAGACUGGUGAGAGGCUUACAUCGUUAAACAUUAAGAGCUCAGAAGGAACUAAGAAGGUUUUUGGUUUGGGGAUGCAAACUGGAAGUUAUAUUGAAAGUUCUCGAUGCAUUUUCUCUGCUCCUGGGGGCAACAUUGCCUUUUUUUUUUUAAGACCAUGCAAGGCAGUGUUACUAAAGGGUAAUUGGAGUUCAUAGGGAGUGGGAGGUUUUGAAGAAGGCGAGUUUGCUAUUAUCACCAAGUAAUUUGGGAUAAUUUUUGGCCAUGCUGCAGAUGUCUCAACAUGGCUGUGAUCUCCAUAGUUCUCUGUGGUAUUUUUACGCUAGCAAUUCAUUCUGAACUACUGGUUUGUCUGAAGGUAGCCAAGCAAUGUGGUCAUAUCUUCCAUAUGCUGAGUCUGUUUAUUAGUAUCCUUUUAAAUCAGUAAGCAAUGAGCUUAGCCUUAGAACCAGUCAGUUAAACAAGUGUAGACUGUUCACAAGAAAAAACCCAGUGACUGAGAGACCUGCUGGUAGUGUAACUGUGACACUACAAGUGACAUUCUUCUCUGUCCUGUACCUGCUGUUACUUAGAAUUCCAAAAAUCUUAUCAUUUGUAAGUGGAGAACAGAGGAGCCAAAUCCUUUUAUAGCUGAUACGAAACAGUCUGUUUUAAGUACAUCUGUUUAGAAAGUGUUAUUUAUAUAUUCAAAGUCAUAUAACACUAACCUGCUUUGACUGCAUUCAGCAAAAGGCAGUUUCAUCAUUAGUUUCAUAGUAAACUUUUUUGAAGGAUUCUAGUUCCAAAAUGCCUGAAAACAUUAACCAUAUUCUUGUUUUAAACUCUAGGAUCUAAUAAAUUUAAUUCUUUGAUAGUCUUUUUGUAGAUUUAAGUUACCCCUUACUAAAAGUAAUUAUAGUAAUAGUCAUUUGUCAGUUCUUUAAGGUAUUGAGGCAUUUGAGACAAGAAAGCUCUCUUAGAAUAGUCCAAUAGCUUUCUUCAAUGGUAUUGGUUUCAUUUAGAUAGUUUCAAAGCCAGCAAAGCAUGUUAGUUUUAAGGCCAACAUUAUUUGGCAGUUAAAAUAGUUUGCAUUUGUAAAAAGUUUAGCCUGAUUACCCUUGCUAUCUCUGUAGAGAAUUGUUAGUAUCAUCAAAAACAGAUUGCUUCAGGUGACCCUUGAGAAAGGAAAGAGGUUGAAGGUUUUUUUCCCUCUCUGUCUUUGAGUGGCUUUGAAUGACUGAAAUUAUCAUGGAAGUAGGUUUUGGUCCCCCUCUUAUCUACCUCUCACCCCCAGCAAAUGCCAACAAUAUCAGGUAACUAAAAUGUGGCUUACUGCUUUGCAUCAAGGUCACUAAAAAUAUCUAUGAAAUCUGUAAGUCAUAAUUCAGCUACCAAUAAAGUUGGUUUUUAGAAUAUGUUCUACCCUAAAUUAACCAAAAGACUUUUUAUUCAGUGUACUCUAUGUUUAAAUAUAAGGAAGCUUUGUGCCUAAUAUGGAGGGAGAAGGAAUGUUGUGUUAAUUUCAUUGUUAUUUCAGGUCUGUUUCAAUCUGAACUACUGGGUUGUCUGAAGAUAGCCAAGCAAUGUUAUCAGUUAGUAAUGUCAUCUUAAAAAUGCUUAAUUUUAGUAACUAUUUGUUCAGAGAUUGUUAGAUUGUUAGGACAAUUGAAGUAUUUCUGAUACAGAACAAAGAAAGUAGAAACUGGUACUUACUGGGGAAAGCAAAAUUGGCAUGGACUAAAAUGGGCAUGUUUUGUUUAAGAAUUCUACCUAAAUGUCACCUUAUCUACACAAAACUAGUAUUACUUGAAGAUGUGAAAGUUCCUGUGGUAGUGAUACCUUGAAGCACAGUAUUGUAUAUAAGUAAAUAUCUUGAUUCUAAAUUAUAUCCAGAUUUAACUAAUAUAUAUUAUUUUAUAUCUUUGUUGUAUUAAAAUGUUUAAAAACACUAAAAAUAAAACAUUUGAAAGCUGG